ACGGGAUUGACAACAUGGAUGCGUCUGACCUAGGAGGAGGUAUAAAUUGUACGCCACCGGCCAUAGAAGAUUUUCCACACGACCUGUUUGAUGAGGAGCAAAGACAAGGCGGUGCCGUCGUAGUCCACGUCAUAGUGUCGCUUUACUUAUUUAUCGCUUUAGCAGUAGUAUGCGAUAAAUUCUUCGUACCUGCUGUAGAAAAAAUAUGUCACGCGCUCUCAAUGUCGAAAGAUGUGGCCGGCGCGACGUUCAUGGCAGCGGCAACGUCGGCUCCAGAAUUAUUCGUGAAUGCCAUCGGAACAUUCAUCACGGAAGGUGACAUUGGCGUCGGGACGAUAGUAGGUUCCGCAGUAUUCAAUAUCCUAGCCGUUCCAGCCUGCUGCGGUAUCGGUGCGGGAAUGGUGGUGCCUCUGGAUUGGUGGCCCGUUAGCAGAGAUUGUCUCGCUUACGGUGUUACGGUUGCCAUUUUAAUAUGCAUUAUACAUGACGAGCGAGUGGAAUGGUACGAAGCGUUAACUUUGGUGCUCUUAUAUAUUGUUUAUAUCGCCGUGAUGUAUUGGGAUAAAUCGUUCCAGCGGUGUACGAGAUUCCGUACGAACGAGGAUCAGGUAUCUACGGAUUGUCGACGAGUUGCGCCAGAUUCCAGCGACAUUCAUUUACCGGACAAGUCGCCCGGAAAUCGGGUGGAGCAGAUCGCGACCACCGACGUGCCGCUGCAAAAUGGCGGCACAAAAACGCAAGAAGAGAAUCUAGAUCCUAAUUAUGAUUUCGAGCUCUUGGUUUGGCCGGCGCACGCCGGGUGGUUGAGAAAGACCGCUUGGGUCACAACAUGGCCCAUUCAUCUGGUAUUCAUGUGUACAAUCCCCGAUUGCGAGAAACCCCGAUUCAAGAAUUGGUUUCCCGUAACGUUCGUGAUGUGCAUCAUAUGGAUCGGAUCGCUCAGUUACGUGGUGGCGUGGAUGAUCACUAUAAUCGGCGACACGCUGAAAAUACCAGAUUCCGUGAUGGGCAUCACUUUUCUCGCGGCGGGAACCAGCGUACCCGAAGCUGUAUCGAGCGUGAUUGUCGCGAAACAAGGACACGGAUCCAUGGGCAUCAGUAAUUCAAUCGGCUCGAACACGUUCGACAUAUUGCUGUGUCUCGGACUACCCUGGCUGAUCAAGUCGUCGUUCUCGCCCACGCAACCAGGCCGGCAUUACAUCAGCAUAAACUCAGGCGGUCUGGAAUAUAGCGCGAUAUCGUUAUUGUCGACACUGAUGCUACUGUACAUUGCGUUCGCCUCCAACAAGUUUCAGCUCGAUCGUAAAGUGGGCCGUGCCUGCUUGUGCAUGUACGCCGUAUUCCUCAUACUCGCGUCGUUGAUCGAACUCAACGUAUUCUUCAUGGUAAAUCUACCCACCUGCCAAAGGACGGUAAAGUGAUCCGGGUAAUCCUCCCUUAUGCCUGGACGAUAAACCCGGCCGCAUAAAAAAAAACAAAAAAAAAAAAAGAGGAUACCCGGGCGCGGUUCCUGCCUGCAAAACUCCGCGCCGCGGAAAAACAUUAUUUCUCCCCAAAAAAAAACUUACCAAGAGAGACCCUGCAUCAGUGCGAGGGGUGUUUUAUUUCCAGCUACACGGGACCAACCACCGUGUGUACAGUUUUUAAUAAUAUCAUCAUGUUUAGGAAACCAUGACAAUAAUGUAUUUUGUAUUUACUUACUGCUAUUUCUUUCUCUCUCUCCGUUUUCUUUCUUCUCUUCUCCUUUUUCUUCGUUUUUUUUUCUCUUCUUUUCUUUUCUCUCACCUCAUUUAACGUCCGAAUAUUCACAGAGAA